CCUCUGUUGGGUACCUGGAGCUAUAAGAUCCUGGAUCCUGCAAUACGCAAUGAAACCUCAGAUCAGGAGGAACACAAGACGGAGCUUCUGAAGAUGAUUUUACAGAUUGUUUCAACACUCUCAAAGCAACCUCCGUUAACUGUAAAGAAGAGUAUUGAAAACCUAGCGGAGAAAAUGUCUCGGAGUAUUCCAGAUUCUGCUAUGCUGGAAACUAUUCUAAGAGAUGGUACCCUGAUGGAUACUUAUCAAUAUAUUCAGAUGGUCUUGAACCAACGAGGGAUCAUUCUAGAUUCAGAGAUUGUCUGGCCUGUUCCUAAGCUGAUCUAUAAAUAUUAAAAUACUUAAUUGUCAAUUUAUUUCAGUAUUUUCUAUGUUUGUUAGCAACUGGUAUAAUAAAGCAUUAGUCAUAUAUGAUUUCAAAAUCAAA